AUGAGAAAAUCUCAUUAUUCGGUAUCACAUCGAAAACCAUCAUGGAAACGUCUCUUCGCAUUCUCGAAGCUCCAUCACCUCCCAACCCUCGUUGCCGGCAUUUUUGCAACCUGUAUGUGCGCUGAUCUACGAACAGCGUUUGCCGUGGUCAUCGGCCAGAUGUUCCAGAUCAUUUCGAACUACGGCAGUGAAGUGUCUGGCUCGUCAGACACCAUCACCCAAGCCUCGCAAUUAAGUAUUACCAUCUGCUGCCUCGGAGCUGGCAUUCUUGUAGGCAACGCCGUUGUCCUAUCUAGCUGGGUAGUAUUUGGGGAACUCCAAGCAAAAAGCGCGCGGACGAGUGUGUUUUCAAGGCUACUCGCUCACGAAAUGAGCUGGUACGAUAUGCGUACGGACGGAAUCCCCGGCCUCCUAGCAAGAACCGAAGCCAACGUCCCAGGUCUUUGGGUUCCUUGUGGUCGACAUUGCUACCUCGAUUGCAUCACUCGCCCUGGCCUUGAGUGUCACUUGGAAGUUGACACUCGUACUCGUUGCUCGGUCCCAUUCGCCGCCGUGGCUCUAUCCUUGACCAGUCGAGGACUCCAUCCUGCAAUUAUGCAGCAAAAAGCGCAUCUCGCCGAUGCUUCCAAGCUAGUUCACGCCUGCGUCACAGGAAUCGACCUAGUCAAGGUGUUCAACGGUUUCAGCCAGGAGAUGCGGACAUACAGCAAGUUCACGGAUGGCUCUAUGGAACUUCACCUGUUGCAAGCACGCUGCAACUCCAUUCAGAUGUCUGUGACUGGGUUCUGGGUAUCAGCAAUGUUCGCUGGGGGCUUCUGGUUCGGUCUCUGGCUCGUAACGAAAGGGGAGAACGCUUCAGCGAUCCUCAUCUCAUUCUACGCAACUUUGACAGCUCUAGAGGCUAUCUACAAUGUGAGCUUCGCAUAUCCCUUUGAACCAACUCAGCUGGUUCUGAAGAGUUCGUCAUUCCACUUCCCUGCCGGCGAGACGCGAUUCGUCCUGGGGAGUAGCGGUUCUGGAAAGAUCUCCUGGUCAACUUUUACGGAGGCCCUUCUGGGCGAGAUAUUUAUCGAUGGACGGCCACUCAAGGCACUGGAAAAGGAGUGGCUGCGGAAGAACGUAACUCUCGUCCAGGAAGAUAGCAUGGUAUUCAACAAUACCUUGCUCUGGAACAUUACCCUAUACCAACAGGUAACAACGGACGAUGUGAAAGCGGCUUGCGACAUGUCGCUUCUACAGUCCACCCUCACAUCACUCCCCUUCGGGACAGAGACCAGGAUUGGUCCAGCUGGACACAGAUUGAGCGGUGGGCAGGUACAGAGACUUGCUCUGGCACGGGAAAGCAAGCUAUUGGUUAUGGACGCAGUCCGGGCUUGGCGAAGAGGCAAGACGACAAUCAUAAUCACGCAUGACGUCUCUCAAUUUGGAAAUAACGACUACGUGUAUGUCAUGGAUCGUGGUCGUGUCAUUCGAGAAGGCACCCGUGAUGGUAUAUCCAAAGGUCUUGAUGGCCGGUUUGCAAGUCUCAUCACUUGCUCAGACGAAGCUGGCGGACAACAAAGAGCAAACGAAAAUGUUUGUGGCAACGCCCCCAGCUCUUGCUCAUUCAACUCAAUUGUCGACCAAACAACCAACGCAAUGCUACAUCAGUCACGCUCGGGUGAAGGACGUCGAAUCUCAUUGGGGGUUUCACUCGGAGCAGCCCUCCUUUCGACAGACAUUUGGGCGCAGAGUAAAGACCGCCAGAACACUGGCUUUAGAACUGAGGAGCCGGCCUUUCAGCACAUAAGUCAAGGUGGGUUACAAUCAAAUCAGGUACCCGAGCCCCCUGUGUCUUCGGGAAGGACAAGUCUCGAGGCCAUCCAGGCUGCAGGGCGUUUCGUACAGAGCACCAGGCAAAACAAACCUACACGUCGUCGGUGGCAGGUUGGUGGCCACGUGGAAGAGAGAGUCAAUACGUGCAAGCGAGAGGAAAAGAGGACGAUGAACGAACCGCCAUAUCUCGUCACCAAGUCUACAUGGGCUGUCAUCCAGACCGUAUGGCCCAACUUGGCUAGCGAGAACAGAAUCAGGCUCGUUAUGGGCUUGGUGUUUUGCUAUGUCGCUGGAAGAUGUGCGCCUGCGUCAUCGUUCUGCUUCGCUCAACUCCUUACUGUAUUCUGGGCGACUGGAGAUCGAUUCACCGCAGGCCAAGAAUGGGCCGUCUUUCUCAUACUGGUUGCUGUCCUCAGUGGUGUAUCUUUGUUCCUCGGACGAUACUUCAUGGAGCAUGUUGGCCAGGUUUGGGCAAAUACCCUUCGUUUGGAAGGAAUGAAGCGUACUCUUCAACAACAAAGGCCAUGGUUUCACGAGCCCGAUAACUCGGCAAGGCACAUUGUUGAGACGUUAGACAGACACGCGGAAGAGAUGAGGAACUUGGUGUUACGGUUUGUGCCCAUCUUUCUCAUGAUUAUCGUCAUAGUCACCAUAUCGACGGUAUGGGCCUUGUUAAUCUCGUGGAAACUCACGUUGGUCGCCCUGUCAAGGUUUCCGGUCGUAGUGGCUGCCCUUCCGGCUCUUUCGGUUGUCGACACCAAGUGGGAGGCGGUCUGCAAUCGAGGGGCAGCAGAGACGGCAUCUAUUACGCAGGAGGCGCUCAUCAACAUCCGUGUCACUAGAGCUUUUACACUUGAGAAGUAUUUCUGCACGCAGCAUGCGCAGUCAGCAAAAUCAACAUACGGACUCGGGCUGCAGAGUGGACUACUCUUGAGGCCACUCUUUGGCUUCAGCCAGUCCAUUGAUUUCUUCGUUGUUGCACUCAUUUGUUGGUACGGGAUGUACCUGGUGGCGCACGAACUCGAGAUGUCAGCCAUCAAUCUCCAGCAAGUCGCGAAUCUGCUCCUCUUCUGUGUCGGCCAGACGGCCGCCUUGAUUGGAAUGAUCCCCCGAGUAUCGGCAUCGCAAGCCGCCGCCACUCGCGUGCUCUUUCUCGCGACGUUCACAGAUCAAAACGUCUUACCUACGGGGGGUUCCCGAAGGCCAACGUCCCUAUUUCCGGUCAAGAUGCGAAAUGUUACCUUUGCCUAUCCUUCGCAACUCACGCACCAAGUUCUGCGCAAUGUGAACUUGUGUAUUGGCAACGGGAAGUGUGUAGCAAUGGUGGGACCAAGCGGAUGUGGCAAGAGUACCAUCAUUUCGCUUCUUCUGAGGCUCUAUGGGCAAAUUUGGCUUGGUCCAACAGGCGGGACCAAAUCGGGCCAACUCACUUUUGGGGGCAUCGCCUCUGAUCAAAUCAACAAGGAGCAGUUCUGCUCACACAUCUCCUAUAGAAUAUCGCUUACGGACUGCCAGAAACUUCGCCUUGGCGCCAAAGCACCAAACUUGAUAAGGGCUGCCCGAAAGGCGGGAAUCCACGAGUUCAUCACAUCCCUUUCGCAAGGCUACGAUACGCUCGUCGGAGACGGUGGCCAGAGUCUCUCAGGAGGAGAGUCACAACAAGUAUGCAUAGCUAGGGCACUGGCAGGACGACCGCGGCUCGUGAUACUAGAUGAGCCGACAAGUGCUCUAGACAACGCAUCGGCAGACCUGAUCAGACGGACGAUCAUCGACAUGCUGGCAAGCGCGGAGGAUCGUGAGAUGAGCGUUGUGGUCGCGACUCACUGCAGAGAAAUGAUGCGUAUAGCUCAACGCAUCGUCGUGCUAGAAGCUGGCCGCGUGGUAGGCGAGGGGACUUUUCACGAGCUGCAGUCUCACAACAUGGCCUUCUCGGCCCUGGUAAACCAGGAAUUUAUUCAUCACAUGCGUCGUGGGUCUGACGACAUACGUCCUAUGUAUGAUUUGUUGCCUGAUGUGAUGCUCCAUCGGAGCGACAUGAUGUUGUCUGCCAUCCAAGCCCGGGAAGUCCCACACUCGGCACGCGCUAUAGACCUGUCAUUUAGACGAGUACCAUCUGCACAACGAGGCCAGUGGGGUCGUGCCAUGCAGCCAACAGGGUGA